AUGGCAGACGGGGAGAUGUUGAGGUCGGGGGAGCCGCCCAGCAGGUCCUCUGUGAGGCUGGUCAUGCACAGCCUGGUCAUGUUCGGCAGGGAGUUCUGCUACGCUGUGGAAGCGGCUUUCGUGACCCCAGUGCUGUUGAGCAUCGGGCUUCCCCGCAGCCUGUACAGCCUGGUGUGGCUCAUCAGCCCAGCCGUGGGCUUCAUCCUACAGCCCAUCAUCGGCUCAGCCAGCGACCACUGCAGGUCUCCCUGGGGCCGCAGGAGACCCUACAUCCUAACCCUGGGGCUCCUGAUGAUAUUGGGCAUGACUCUGUUUCUCAACGCAGACGUGUUGGUUUCGGCUCUGAUCAGCAGCAAGAAGCAAAGGUACAUUUGGAGAAUCUUGGCUGCUAUGUUCGGAGUGGUCCUGUUCGACUUCUCAGCUGAUUUCAUAGAUGGCCCCGUCAAGGCUUAUUUGUUCGAUAUCUGCUCCCAUCGGGAUAAGGAGCGAGGGCUGCACUUUCAUGCUCUGUUCACUGGUCUGGGAGGAGCACUUGGCUACCUCAUUGGUGCCAUAGAGUGGAACCACACAAUCCUGGGAAGGAUUUUUGGCUCUGAGUUUCAAGUCAUAUACUUUUUUGGGACAACCAUCUUCACUCUGUUUCUAAUCGUGCACCUGUGUAGCAUUCCAGAGGCUCCGUUUCGCCAAAGCACGGAACUGGACAGGUUUCUGUUGAAGGAUAAGGACGCUUCUGUCUACGGAACCAUCGAGAGCCCGGGCGAUGGUCAACAUGAGUCAGAUUUGUACAAGCCAAAUGCUCCACUAUUGAAAAGGGAAUUUGAAGCCAAAAACUAUAUCAAAGCACCAGAAGGAGAGGUGCAGCCACGUAUGACGCUGAAAUCCCUGAUUAAGGCUCUGCUCAGCAUGCCUGCUCAUUACCGUUACUUGUGUGUCAGCCACCUUAUAGGAUGGACAGCUUUCCUCUCAAUCAUGCUCUUUUUUACAGACUUCAUGGGGCAGAUAGUUUAUCGUGGUAAUCCCUACGCAGAGCACAAUUCCACGGCGUACAUUAUCUAUGAACAAGGUGUGGAAGUAGGAUGUUGGGGCCUUUGCAUCAAUGCUGUUUCAUCUGCGUUGUAUUCAUAUUUACAAAAGGGCCUUUUACCACUCAUAGGGCUGAAGGGAUUAUAUUUUGUAGGGUAUUUUCUAUUUGGUCUCGGAACUGGGCUAAUCGCCAUUUUCCCUGUUGUCAACUCCACGCUGGUCCUGUGUGCAGCCUUUGGGGUGAUGUCCAGUACCCUUUACACAGUCCCCUUUAACCUGAUCUCCGAGUACCACAGAGAGGAAGAGAUGCACCACAGGGGCAAUGGGGGACUCCCAUAUGACAGCCGGGGUAAAGGCAUCGACUGCGCCGCACUGACCUCCAUGGUGCAGCUGGCACAAAUCCUGGUGGGAGCCGGGGUAGGUGCCUUGGUCAACAUGGCAGGCAGCGUGAUUGUUGUGGUGAUCUCGGCGUCCGCCAUGUCUCUGGUCGGCUGUUGCUUCGUCACAUUUUUCAUCAGAUAUGUCGAGUGAAGGUCAAGAGCGAGAAAUAAAAUGGGGUGAAGACCACAGUCCGUUGAUUCUGCACGCUUUCCUUCUGCACUUCCCCAUAGUAACAUCACGGCAUCUACACUGUACUUUGUAUGGAAGCCGAAGGGAAAUGCAAGAACAACAAGUAAGAACAACAGCAACAACUUGCACUUAUAUAGCGCCCUCCACGCAGGGUAACAUCUCAGAGCGCUUAGUAAAAUCUUAUUUAACAUGUUACAGUGAGAAAUUCCACCCAUUUUCUUAGCAUUCAGAGUUUGAACUUUGAAGCCGGCUUUUUGAAAGAAACUUAUCAAUAACUCACCUCAAAAAACAAAGUUGGAUUUGGAUUUUGAAAUGGAAAGCCAUGAGUUUUUUUUA